UGAAGGCGCAACUGAAGCUGCUUUAAGCCAACUUGGAACGAAAACAAAAAAAUUUCUUGAUUGUAUUUUGUUUUCAUCAACUGUCUGUAACGCGAAGAGCAGCCUGACCAGGAGAAACACGGGGACGCUGGGACGGUUUUCCCUCCACACACCUUCAGACUUUGUGCGCAGCAGAGGCAGAGACCUGCGGACCGAGCGGUCAGAGAUGAACACAGUUGUGUUUAACCAGCUGAGCAGCCAGAUCCUGUUUGAGGAGAAGGCGAAUGAGGUGGAAAUGAGCAGCAGAAGUUACCUGGAAGUCAUCGACGGCCAACAUCCAGAUCUCCUCUGCAGCAGCGCGGCCAUCAGAGAAAGCCAGGCGGUCAGGCACAGGCGGAGCGGGGGUCGUCCCAGCGGCAGCAAAGUGCGACACAAGCGCCAGGCCCUGCAGGACAUGGCCCGGCCGCUCAAGCAGUGGCUCUACAAGCACAGAGACAACCCCUACCCGACCAAGACGGAGAAAAUCCUCCUGGCGCUCGGCUCGCAGAUGACUCUGGUCCAGGUGUCCAACUGGUUUGCCAAUGCUAGGAGACGCCUGAAGAACACAGUGAGGCAGCCGGACCUGAGCUGGGCCCUCAGGAUCAAACUCUACAACAAAUACGUUCAGGGCAACGCUGAGAGGCUCAGUGUCAGCAGUGACGACAGCUGCUCUGAAGAUGGCGACAACCCUCAGAGGACACAGAGUGGUCCUAAGGUUCUCACCAAACCCUUGUACCCGAGCGUCAUCAAGAAGGAGGGCUCCUCCAUGGUGAAGGAGGGGUCAUCCAUGGACAUAGCUAUGGACCCCAGGCUGCGUUCUGCCAUUGAGCCCGCCUCUCUAACCGAGGACUACGUGUCUCCACCCAAGUACAAGAGCAGCCUGCUGCAUCGCUACCUGAACGACUCUCUGCGGCACGUCAUGGUGACUAACGCUGUCAUGGACGCUCGCAAAAGGAACGACUCUGGCUCCUUCAGCUCCAACGAGUACGACGACGAGCUGCUGUCGCCGUCCUCCUCUGAAGCUGAGGCCAACUUCGUUUCUCGAACUGAAACUACAGACCUUGGAUCAAGUAAAUGUGACAAUGGCAGCGGUGGCGUCGCAGCUACGCAGAAGGAGGAGGUGAAGGCCAAAGAUGAGACGCACUGGAAGGAGAUCAACGCCGCCAUGGCCUUGACCAACUUGGCACAGGGGAAGGACAGCGUCUCUGGGACAACCAGCUGCAUCAUCCAGAAGUCCUCUCACAUAGCUGAGGUGAAGACGGUUAGAAAAGCUGCUGCUGCUGCUGAAGUAUUAGCUCUGACGUUAUCCUCCCAUCCAACUGUACAAACCAGCAAACAUUCCUCUAUUGACAAAGUCCAACUAAACUCCUCUUUAAACAAAGGGAACUGUUACUUAAGGAUGGAAAAGGGGUUGUUUAAAGCUGAAGAAGAAAUAAUUUGGUCUUUUUGAAAUUCCCUUUCUUAACAUUCCCUUCCCACUCUGAUUGCCUUCACAUUCCAUGUUCUGAAAAAAAUAAAUGUUUGUAAUGUUAACUUUUUUAAUAUAUUUUUUCAUUUAUAUUGUAUAUUGUAUUUUUUUAAGUUUAAAAAAGUGUUUUAAAAAAAAAAAAAAAAAAAAAAAGAAAUCAGCUCACUAAUGGUGUGAUACUGAACAGACAGUCCUCUGUGGUUAAAACCUACCGCUACAAUAAUUGGAACUAGGGUUACGAUGCAAAAGCUGGUAUCAACUGGGGGAAAAGAGAAGAUACACACCCUUCCACACACACUUAAUAUUAUUUAUUUGAGGUUAAUAGUUUUUAACUUUAAAUAGUUUUCUUGUGUCUUUAAUAUCCUGUGGCAGCAGAUCUUCCUUGUGCAACAUGACACCCACUUAAAAAAACUAAAAUCUAGAUUGAAUAAUGGAAGCUUCAUCUGUAGUUUUCUUGUCACGUCUUUUUAAUAUGUUCUUUUUUUAAUGGGAAAUAGACUGAGAUGAAACAGGUUGUUUCUGAUUCAAAGCCCCCUUCACAAUAUCCAUACAAACAUAUAGGCAUGUGGUAGGGUGGAUCAAAUACAAAAGCUUUUGAUUGAGAUACUCUUCCCAGGGAGACACAGCUGCUCCAAAUGCUGCUCCAAAUUUACCACUAGGUUAGCCUUAAACAUACCUAACUGGAUAUCUCAGCUGUGGCUGGAUUCAAAUGUGACUUAAUACCAUCCGACUGAUGAGAUUGUGUUAAGAUGGAGAAAAAAAUAAUUGAGAAUUUAUAAAGACCUUGUCAAUUUGAAUGUAGGCUGUGACCAGAAUGAAAAACUCUGCCCACUUGAGCAAUGCAGUUGCUUCACUUGCUCAGUACCAUUGUGUGCCUUAGGCAUAUCUUGUGGUAGCCUGUAUUUGUCUGGCUGUUUUUCACUGUUUCUGGCUGUUUCUCCAGACUGUUGCAUCAAGAUUGUGUCCUGGUAUCCAGAGGAAAGUCUGCUUUCAGAGAAAAUACUUUUCCUACAAUGGUGCUCAUGUUAUAAACUUUUGCAGCAGGCUUUGAAAAACUCACGGUUGUAUAAAAAAAAAGUCAUAUGCUUUAGGAGAAAGUGAAGUUGGCCCUCUGUGAUGACUUUUAAUUUAAUAUGUCUUCAAGGUACUUUUUGUGUGUUAUGAAACCUAAAGUGUUUCGUGAAUUGCUCAGUUUGGGUUUUACGAUGCACAGACUGUUGUUAUGGUCAAGGACUUUGAGAAAGAGUGAAGUUACUGUUUUACAUGUUUUGAAUGUUUGACAAAAAUCUGCACUUAAAGGUCAUGCCUGGGAAAGUGUUUUAACAAAAUGAAGAAAAGUUAAAGAAAUGAAGGACAGCUUUCCAUUAUUUUAGUUGGUGUGCCUAUAGGAAAUGAGUCAAAUUUGCCAAUCCAAGGCUCUGUCUGGUUAUGUUGCUAGCCUCCUACAAGUUAUUAUAUACAUCAGAUUCAGGCAAAGUACUAGCAGGGAAAAACUGGAUCCAUACAUUUUCAUUGAACCACCGGGCCACUCAUGAUCCUCACACAAUAGCUGCGUGCUGGAAGCAGGCAGAGAAAGGUAAGGAGAGUUCAGAGAUCGCAAAUCUCUCCUGCUGCUGUUGGGGCUGCAUCCUAUGGGUCAGCCUGUCUGAUUCUGAUGUGCUCUUGACGAUAAAAUAAACUCAAAACUUACUCAACUCAAAGUUGUGCAUCCAGUUUUAUGUAGUUAAAACUCACUGAAGCCAUUUGUUAUUUUAACAUUAUAAUUGUUGUAUAUACCAGCUUGGAUAUGCCUGUGCAAGCUUCUCAUCUGACAAGGAUGGCCAUGAUGAGAGGAUGUGAGCCUCUAACCGGCACCAUGAUUCAACUUGUCUGAAGUGCAAACUCCAACUCCUAAGCUUUCACCACUUCCUCUGGAAGAAUCCAAUUACAACCUUUAAAUAUACCUGUUCAUUCUCUGGCUCAUUCAUCAUACUUUCAGCUUUACAAGUUUUUGACAGUAACUGUGCCAGUUGGAGUGUCAGACAUAACUCAGGGAAUUAUGGUUAUCUGUCUAAUCUGUCCGUAUUAUUUUAGGGCCAGUCAACAGAACUCUGUCUGGGUGAACCAUAUAUGUGACGAAGGAGAUGAAGUAAGGCCAAACAAUAAAGCUCAUGAUGAUCAUUUUGUAGAUUAAAAGGCUGAGUUGAAGUCACCAUCUCUAAUCCUGACCAGAACCAAUGCUUUAACAGGGAGAACCUUGUUCCCCUACUACAGAAGGGUCAGACAGACAGUAUAUCAGGACAUGUAGAGAUGAAACAUAAGCGUUAUGAUGCUUUCAUAAUUUAUAUUUAUACAAAAAAAUUGUAAGUUAUAACCAUCAGUUUUUGAAUGUUAUUUCUCAUAAAGAGAUUUUCUUUUUAUUCAGAUGGAGACUGGAUUUUUAGUCCAAUGACCAAAUGCAUACCUCGUUGUAUUGUCUGAUAUGUCAUGUAAAACUUAAGUUUUAUGUUGUUUUGUAACAGCAAUAAAUAAACCUGUGACUAAAA